AUGGAAGUUGAUGAGGAUGUGGAGGAGGAUGACAUAGAUUUUAGCCCUUUCCUUAGGGAAGGAUCUCCAUCUGAGACCUCAUCAAGCCUUACAUCAGAAGCAGAAUGCGAGGUACAUAGUUCUGACAAUCGACCAAGUGGCCAGACAUAUUUGCAGAAUAGUGUAGUUAAUGAAAAUACAAGUGACAGUGCACUUCCUCAAAAUAGACUGUCGUCUCAAGGUCUUGUCAACGAAAUAUUUCCAGAAGAAACGUCUACCCAGGUUAAUCUUGAGAAUGGAUUGGAAAAAGACGUUUUAGCAAGCGAAGCUGCUUGCUCUCCAACAGUGCAAAACCCUCAUCACCUAUCUCUCGAAAUUAGCGAGGAAGAUGCAAUUUGCAGACGGACGAGGGCAAGAUACUCACUAGCAAACUAUUCACUUGAGGAAUUGGAGACCUUUCUCCAGGAAUCAGAUGAUGAUAGUGGUCUGCAAAAUGUUCAUGAAGAAGAGGAAUACCGCAAGUUUCUUGCUUCUGUCCUGUCUGGUAAAGGCAAUGACACACAGGCAUUCCAGGGGACGAAAACCAGGAUGAAGAUGAUAAUGAUGCAGACUUUGAGCUCGAGAUUGAGGAGGCCCUAG